CGGCUUUUCCCUUUCCCAUCCAUCUUUCACGCACCGUCUUCUCACACUCACUCUCUCUCUCCUUUCCUCCACCAUGUCUGAAAAAAUUAUCACCGUCGACGAGUUCCGCGCACACACCAGCAAGGACAGCUUCUACGUGCUCAUCCACGGCAAGGUCUACGACGCGACCAAGUUCCUCGACGAGCACCCUGGAGGAGACGAGGUCAUUCUCGCUGAGAAAGGCAAGGAUGCCACGGAAGCGUUCGAGGACGUAGGCCACUCAGACGAGGCCCGGGAGCUGCUCCUCCCCAUGCUUAUCGGCUCCCUGGAGCCCAACAGCGUGCUCGGACGUCCGUCUCCCUCAUCUGGGGGCUCGAAAAGUGGUGGCUCGGGCUCGAUGGUGGAGCAGGGUUCCAGUCUUUUCACCUGGGCUCCGGUCGUUCUCCUAGCGGCCUGGUUCGGAUACCGGUACUACACGACGGGAGCACCGUAUUAAUCGCUGUUGUUUGCUGUUACUGCUACCACCAUCCGCUUACACCCCUCAUACAUCUGCUCGUCCAAUUCGCUUCUGCGGUACUACUGCGCGCGGAAAUAGAAGUUCUGCAUUUGAUAUCCAUCCUACCGUG